AUGACUCACACAGAUCUACACUUAAAAUGUAAAAUAUGCCUGAAAAAUUUCAAAACCCAAAAGGCAUUAAAUAUACAUGUAAAUCAUCAUACCCAAGAAAAUCCUACAUGCGAAUAUUGCAAUAAAGCAUUUUCAAACAAGGGGAGAUUGAAACAACACAUAAGGUUACAUACCGGGGAAAGGCUCUAUAAAUGUGAAAUAUGUGGUAAAGGAUUCAUUAGGCCGGAGUCGCUGAAAACUCACAAACUAAUCCAUACUGGAGAGCUCCACCAUGAGUGUGAUAUUUGCCAUAAAAAGUUUGCACUAUUACAUGUCUUGACAAGACAUUUGUUAGUGCACAAAGAAGAUCGCCCUCACAAAUGUGGUAUAUGCAAAAUAACAUUUAAACUAUCGCAUCAUUUAACGAGACAUUUAUUAACACACACAGGAGAACGACCAUAUAAGUGUGAGGUAUGCAAUAUGGGAUUUAAACAAUCGGCACAUUUAAAAAAACAUUCAUUUGUGCAUACUGAAGAACGCCUUUUUAAAUGUGAGACAUGUAAUAAAGCUUUCAAGGCACAAUUUGCAUUAAAAAGACAUGAAUUGACGCAUGAUUGA